AUGCAGAAGAAGGUGGACUUGGAAGACGCCCCCCUGCACCUCGCGGCCCUGGGAGGCCACGACCGCGUGGUGAGGGAGCUCAUCAGAGGAGGCGCGGACGUCGGAGCCAAGACGCCCGAAGGUCUCUCUUGCGUUCAUUAUGCUGCACAAGGUGGGCAUAUUAGUACGGUGAUGGCUUUACUGGAAUCCCGCUGCGACAUCGAGGCUGUGACGAAGGACGGGUCCACCGCCCUCCACUUGGCAGCUGCGCAAGGCCACGCAACGGCCGUCGAGUGGCUGGUGGGACAGGCUGGCCUGAAGGUCACUUCCGUCAACAAAAAGCGCCAAACAGCCCUUGACUUGGCCAGAAAAGCUGGACAUAAAGCCACGGCUCAGUCUUUAGUCCAGUUCCAGAUAAGUCACAUUUUAGCGGCUGGUGACGUCGGGACCCUGAGACAACUGGUAGAAGAAUUUGAUUUGGAUGACUUGUGUGCCAGAGAAAAUGAUAAAGGUUUUCGGUCUGUCCACUACGCUGCAUGUGGAGGAAAUGUUGAAAUCCUGAAGAUCCUCCAGAAUAAGAUGUAUAACAUGCGCUCAGUCACGAGCCAAGGAUAUUCAGCUCUGCAUUUUGCUGUCAAGUACUCUCACGAGCCGGCUGUCAGAUGGCUAAUCGAAGAGGUUGAACUUGAUGCUGCUCUUCCUCCCGGCAGAGGUGUCGCCUCUGUCCUGGCACUGGCCAGACGGAAAAGAAAUGCGAAUAUAAUAUCAUGUCUUGAAGAAGUGACCACAGUGAGAGCCCUGGAGUCUGGCGACCUCGAGGAACUUAUAAACCUGGUACGCGAGGGCGUCGACAUUGAAGAUGUGUGCAAAAGAAAAUUGGGUAUUCGCGUUGCCCAGUUUGCUGCCAAGUGGGGGCAUCUCGUUACUGAAGAACCUCCAGAAAAUCAAGUGUGACCUGAAACCGGAAGCAGACUCAGGGAAAACGGCCCUUCAUUCGCAGCAA